AGCACCACUCGCAGUCAAGCAGCGGGACUCCAGGCUCUCACUUCCCCAGCUGCUGACGUCAGCUGGCAGCCUGGGCUGAGCUCGCUGCUCCGGACAUACAUAGCGCCGAGGAAAAUGCUGCUCUCCGUACCGCCAAGGGCAGGAGUCAACCCCUACAACGGCUUCAACAGCAGAAACAGCAAAAAGCAGGCCUAUGUGUCCUCCGGUCAUCAGAUGGCGCCCCCCAGUCCCAACACCAACAGCAGCAGCAACAGCAGUGGCGGAGGAGGAGAACAGCUGAGUAAAACUAACCUGUACAUUCGCGGCCUCCAUCCAGGAACCACAGAUCAAGACCUUGUCAAGCUUUGCCAGCCGUACGGCAAAAUCGUCUCAACCAAGGCCAUCUUGGAUAAAACCACCAACAAAUGUAAAGGCUAUGGCUUUGUGGACUUUGAUAGUCCGGCAGCGGCGCAAAAAGCUGUCACUGCUCUGAAGUCCAGUGGGGUCCAGGCUCAGAUGGCCAAACAACAGGAGCAGGACCCCACCAACUUGUACAUCUCCAACCUGCCAGUGUCUAUGGACGAGCAAGAGCUGGAGAGCAUGCUUAAGCCGUUCGGACAGGUCAUAUCCACACGCAUCCUCAGAGAUGCCAACGGAACCAGCCGCGGCGUUGGAUUUGCCAGAAUGGAGUCGACAGAGAAAUGCGAGGCCAUAAUUCAACAUUUCAAUGGGAAAUUCAUCAAAACCCCACCAGGAGUGCCUGCGCCCACAGAGCCCUUAUUAUGUAAGUUUGCAGAUGGGGGUCAGAAGAAAAGGCAGAGCCAAGGGAAGUAUCUCCAGAAUGGAAGGCCUUGGGUUCGUGACGGAGACACGGGAGGAAUGACGCUUGCAUAUGACCCUGCUGCUUUACAGAAUGGCUUCUACCCGUCGCCUUACAGUCUGGCACCAAACCGAAUGAUCGCUCAGACUUCUCUCUCACCCUACAUGCAUUCUCCUGUGUCAUCCUACCAGGUACACAGCCCGUCCUGGAUGCACCAUCAGUCGUUCCUCAUGCAGCCAGCUGGUACAGUUCUGACACCAACGAUGGAUCAUGGCAUGUCCAUCCAGCCCACCUCCAUGAUGGGACCUCUCACACAGCAGUUAAGCCACCUGUCCCUGGGCAGCACAGGCACAUAUAUUCCGGCCAACACUACUAUGCAGGGGACCUACAUUCCCCAGUACACCCCAGUGCCUCCCUCCAGUGUCCAAGUGGAGGAAAAUGGUGCCCAACAGCAGCAGGUUGCCAUGGAGACUCCCACAGAACACACAAACUACUCAUACCAACACACCAAGUGAAGCUAAGAAACGGCGUCCAGCAGCAUGAAGCCCAGGACUCUUCAUAAAUCCAACCAGAAGGAUUCAGCUGGAAGACAUCUGUGCUCCAAAUCAUCACCAAACACCCAAACUUGAAGAUGGGUAACAAAAGGAACACAUGUAUGCUUGUGAGUGUGUUUGUUUGUGUGUGUGUGUGUGUGUUUGUUUGUUUUUCUUUUUUUUUUCCGUUUAAGAAAAAGGACAUCACUUAAACAUCAUCGGACUAUUCUGCUCUGAUCCUCAAGAACUGAUCAACCAAAGGUGGAAAUCUUCUUCGCUCUAUUUUGAUAACUGAAAAAAAGAACGGAACAAAAAAGAUGUAAAAAGAUAAAAAGAGAUGUAAACAAAAUGGGGGAAGGAUAAGGAAAAGACACAGAGCAUUAUUUUUGUGUGCGUAAUAUAACAAAUUCUUACUUUUAACAAAGCAUUCUGGAUGUUUCAGAGUGAUUCAAGAGUUGAAACACAAUGUGUCUUUUUAUUUUUUUGUAAAAUAUGCAAACUUUUUCUUUUUUUUUAUGUUUCUGGUGUCUGUUGUUUGACAUUCUACUUGCAGCAGCAACAUUUUGUACAGAUUUCAAACCUUUACGUUGGCUGGUCUGAUGGGCGGGGCUUUCUGACUGUGGGUGGUAAACCGUUUAAAGCUACUUCUUCCUGGAUCUGCUGCAGAGACUUCAGACCACAAGAACUUUGUUUAUAGUUUAGUGGAGGGAACUUUGCUUCUCCUUAAAUUCAUUCUUUCAGAAGAAAACAAAAGACAAUCAAUUAUUUAUAUUUAUAUUAGAAUUAGAGUUCUAUUUUGUGGAGUUUUGAACCAUUGAAGCAAACGUUUAUAGAACAGAAGUUAUUUAAAUGAAAUCCCCAGUCAGAAAUGAGCAGCUUUUUGAUAAACGUGUGGCUUUCAGUCUUGUGUUUACCAUCCAAAAAAGAGAAAACAAAAGUUGGGGGGAAAAAAUGGCCUCCAAAAAUGAAAUGCUCGUUUUUUUGUCUUUAUUUUUAGAAUGUAAACCGGCCUUACGUCCCUGUCUGUGAGAAGUGGUUUUAAGCGGUUUUGUUGUGGCAAACCAUCAAGUAUCACUGAAUUUGUCCCAUGUGGAAGGGAUGGAGCGAGCAUUACUGUGUGCAAAGAAGAAUGCAGUUACUGAAUUCAAUCUAAGUUUAGUGGAAAGCUUUGAGGGAAAUGAAACGGAAGACUUUAAAAGUCCCUGAGAAAAAUGCCGUGAUAGGAAAGGGAGCUUUGAGUCUUGUUUUCGAUGCUGCUGUCACCUGAGUUGGAGUCUCCGUCUGUGACUUUUUCGUGUGUCGAGUUUAAUGUCCUGUUUUUCUCUUUUUAUUCUGUCACUUGAAAGAAAUCUUUGAGCUUAUUUUUGAUGAAUUAAUCGUAGAAUUUAGCUGUAGAGUUUAGUUUUUUUCAGAUUUGUUUUCUGUUGGAAUGGAAUGGUGGUUGAGACUUUAGCCUGUUUUUCUUUCGCCUCCCGUUUUCCGUUCCGAGCCUCGUGUCGUCCGUCUCUACCGACACUCGUCCGCACGUUUGUGGAGAACCUUUCCGAGUCGGAGGAUUCAAAGAACCGCUGCCUUGUUCUCGGAACACAAACAGUCAGCAAAUCGAGGGAAGAUCAUGUCAUCCAAUUUAUCCAGAGAUGCUGAAAUAGAAUCACACAGAAACUGUAGAUAUGUAGAUAUCAGACUUUUUUAAACAGAGCACUGCUCACUAGACCAUAGAAGUGCCAUUAAAGAAGAUUCUGCCUUUAGAGACGUCUGAAGGGAUUCGGGAUCAAUCCUGAAUCCCGUGGAAAAAGGAUUUUUAGCGCAGCCUUAACUUCUCUUCUCCGGAUGAACUGCCUGAUUUCUCACAGGGUGACUUUGCUCGAAUACACUCAGCCUGUUUGUUUAAAUGUCAUCACGCCGUUUCGUUGUGAAGGUCAGGAUCGUUGCCGAGCUCUUAGGAAGUCUCUUUCUUGCUGUGGGGCCUCUGAAUCCAGCGUGAAGCGGAGCGGUUUCUGGCUUUUUUCACUUUUUGCUGUGUUUUCGAGUUUUUUAUGCAACCAAAGACAUCGGAGCCACACAUUUCAGAUGAGUAAAACCCCUUUUCAAGGUGCAGAUUAUAAUAAGGCAGUAAUAGUGUAAAGAUGCACAUAUUCCAGUCUGUCGUGGCAGUUUUGAUGAUUUUCCAGUCGUUUUAGAGGCUUUAAAUGGGCUUCUUUAGUAGAUUGAAAUAAAACCUUCUGGAAGCUAGUUUUUUUUUGUUGAAGUCCCCAGCAGUGUACAUUGGAGUGCAGCUUGCAGACCUUUAGGAACAGUAAGUGCAGCUUUUGUCAGGGUGUUGUGUCAAACCUGAGAGUUGUCAGACAUGAGACGAAACUUUGUAAAUAGAACACUUUUUCCCCCUUUUUCAUCACACUUUCUGUUUGUUGUGUGUUUUAUGUUUUAUUUUUUAUUGUAUGAUUUAUGACCUGUCCAGAAAACACAGUGGCUGUCAACUUUUUAGAUUCAGUGCACCAUGAAGGAAAUGUCCAGAGGAGUGAAAUUCCAUGUAAUAGCCAUUACUUGUAAUACAAAAAAGAGUUUGAAACUAUGAAACAACAAUGUGUUACAGUACAGUGUUUAUUUAUUUAUUCUUUAGACGGCAGAGAUACUGUUACAGGGAACCGCAAUGCUUCCACACAAACUUUGACAGGGUUUUAGUUACAUUUAAGUUGAAAAAUACUCAACUAGAGCGUUCUCUGUAAAUACUGUCGUGCACAAUGUUUGAAAUUUCAAAGAAAGAUUCUUGCACUUACUAAUAUCACACUUUAUAAAUUUAAAAAAUUGCUCCUUUUGCGUCCAUCUUUAGCAAUUUGAUGCCUUGUUUCAUAGUUUCAAAUGAUUUUGCUGCUAAAACAGGAUUUCCAAACAGGGUGUUGGAUGUUUUUCAACCAGGAUUUUCAAAAUGUUUGCUUAUUUUGUGUUCAAAUGCUGCCAUCUUUCUCACUUAAAAGGAUCAUUUCCUGUUUAUCUUCAUUCAGAUGUGCUGACCUCUAACACCUGAAGCUAAAACCUGCAACCCAUCACUUCAAAUGUGGUCGAGCACAUUUGAACACCAAAGUUUGUAUUUUGUCCACUCUAAGCUACCAUAGAAACAGGUGUGCAGUCUUUUUUUUAAAGGCUGCACGCCUGCAAGGCUGCAUUUGAACAUUUUGAAAAUCUGUUGAACUCAACUGACUCCCUGCUUGUGAACAUUUAUCUUAUUUAUACAAGAACUCAAUUUUGUACAGUUUUGUUAAAGGAAAAAGGUUUUAAUAUUUGUUUAUUAUUUUUUUUCUUUUUGUAAAUGCCACUUGGCAACUUUUGUCUUCCUGUGCCAGAGUUGCUAAAAUGUCUUUAACUUGUGUUUUUUAUUGAUUGCGAUAAUCUUUCUUGGAUUUUCUCUUUGAAUUUGAACAUGUUUCUUUUUUUUAAAUAAAAGUCUUGUUCUAUUACAA